GCCCGGGGAGAGAUACUCAGAGCCCGGGGAGAGACUCCCAGAGCCCGGGGAGAGAUACCCAGAGCCCGGGGAGAGACACCCAGAGCCCGGGGAGAGACUCCCAGAGCCUGGGGAGUGGCACCCAGAGCCCGGACAGAGAUACUCAGAGCCGGGGGAGUGGUACCCAGAGCCCGGGGAGAGACACACAGAGCCGGGAGAGUGGUAUCCAGAGCCCGGGGAACGGUACCCAGAGCCCGGGGAGAGACACCCAGAGCCGGGGGAGUGGUAUCGAGAGCCCGGAGAGAGAUACCUGGAGCCCGGGGAACGGCACCCAGAGCCCUGUGAGCGACUCCCAGAGCCCGGGGAGAGACACCCAGAGGCGGAGGUGGCGGAGGACGCAGAGACCCGGAGUUAAGUGUGGAAAACACUUCUUAGAUUACAAUAGUAGUCCAAUACAUGACCCAACAGCGCCGUGCAAACCGUACCUUGGCACCGAGCGCUACGUCCAGUCGUUCCUUAAACACCUCUGACUCCCCCACCUCCCUGGGCAGCCCAUUCCAAUGUUUAAUCACUCCCGAUAAGAAAUUCCUCGUAAUAUUCACCCUGAACGUGUGGUGCAGCUUAGGAGGUUGUCUUCUUGUCCUGUCACUGCUUGCUUGGGAGAAUAGACUGGCGCAGAAGCUGUGCCAGGGUCUAGGGUAGAGUUUAGAAGGUUCUUCCCCCACAGUGUGGGGAUCCAGCACUGAACAGGCUCCCCUGUUGGACUCAACAUCUCAAAGGGCUUCUCCAACUGAAAUGAUUCUUGGAUUCUGUGAAACUUGCUAUUAUGUCAAAACCUGGAGCAGCGGGGUUCUCCCGAGUUGUGUCCUGAUAGUGCAUGGCACAGGAGAGAGGCUAUGAAUAAAAGAGGCCAUAAAUAAAAGAUGGGGUUCAUUUAAUUUUCAGUAGGAUCUCACCUUCAGGAGUUGGGGAAUGCUGCUCCUGAGGCUGUGGCAGACACACACCCGGGGAAUGAGGGGAUCAAAUUCUGCUUCCACCCAGUGCUCAGUGCAGGAAUGUUCAGGGUGUUUUCCAUCUGUGACUCUCGGGAAAUGGACUUGAACGGGCUUUGACAAAUAAUACUGCAAAUACAGCCAGCAUUCUGCUUUCUGUCACUUAAGGCGUUGUUUUAUUGGACUUACCAGCAAAGGAAAACUGAAUUUCACUCCUUUAAUCAAGGAAUUAAUUAAAAUUAAUUAAUGUAAAUGAUUGAGUGUGUUGUUUCAGUCUCAUUUUUGUGUUUCUAAAUACGCUUGAUACUUCUGAAAUGCAUUGCAAACUCAUCCAGUUUUAGCAGCGUUUAUUUUCUGCUUUUGGUGACAACGUGGUUGUGUGGAAGAUUACUCUCAUCCUGGAAGAACGAUGAUCUGCACAAAAUUAUGGACUUUUGCAGAGAUGCAGUAUUGGAGAGCUUUUUCUGUUGUUUACCUUUGGAGCAGACGGUUCUCGUUCUUCUGGUUCCCUGCAGAGCAGCCAGAGCCAGCUCGGAUGCUGGAGUAGUUUCUCUGGGAAGUCAUGUUAAUGCACAGCCUAUUUUUCUUCACUUUUGGACUAAUAUUUACUGGAAACCCUUUCUGGAUAAAAGCUGUAUCCUCUGAACACAAGUCCAGACUUUCUACAUUAGAAAUAAUCAUUCCUCGAAGUCUGACAGGCAGAGAGAAACAUCCCCCAUUUUCUCAUGAGGAGCAUUCAGAUGACAAUCUUUCUUACUCAGUUAAAACCAGAAAUGGAACAUACCUCCUAAAGCUGAAGAAAAAUAAAAAACUUCUCAGUGACAACUUUAAGCUGUACACAUAUGGGGAAAAUGGGAAACUGCAGGCAACACCAUCCAAAAAUGAGACACACUGUUAUUAUCAUGGCACUGUUGAAGGAAUUGCUGACUCCACACUUGCUCUUAGCACAUGUGAUGGCCUUAGGGGAAUUCUCUACAUUGGAGGCAGAUGGUACGGAAUGGAGCCCCUCAACACAUCCAGCACAUUUGAACAUGUGCUUUAUGAACUGGAAGAUGUGCAGGGUAUCCCCUUCCACUGUGGGGUGCUGAAUGGCAGCCUGGAGCAUGAGAAGCAGUCUGUGAAAUACACAUUUUCAUCAAACAGCACCUCCAGCAGGGACAGGCUCCUCAGGGAGAAGCGAGCUGUCCUGCCCCAGAAAAGUUAUGUAGAAUUAUUUGUGGUUGUGGAUCACAACAGGUUUUUGAUGAAGAAUUCUGAUCCUGCUGCAGUGCAAAAGGAAACAGUGGAGCUGAUUAAUUAUGUUGAUGGGAUGUAUAGAGCAUUAAACAUCCAGAUUGUUUUGGUUGGAUUAGAGAUUUGGACAGAUGCCAACCACAUACCUGUAAUGGAUGGUUCAGCUGGAGAUGUGCUGAGUAGGUUUGUUUCUUGGAGACAGAAAGAUCUUCUGAAGCGCUCAAGAAAUGAUGUUGGUCACCUCAUAAUAGGGAGAAGCUCUUUCAGUGGAUCCAUUGGAAUGGCUUUUGUGGGUACUGUGUGCUCACAUGUCCAGGGAGGAUCAAUCAGCACUCUGAAUCAUAACAAAAUGUUACGUCACGCCACAGUAGUUGCACAUGAACUGGGGCACAAUCUUGGGAUGAAACAUGAUGAUAAGAGGUGUCCUGCAUCCUAUAUCAUGCACAGCACAGAUAAUGGAUCCAGGAAUUUCAGCACCUGUAGCGCUGAUGAUUUUGAGGCCUUUAUUCUGAAUGGAGGGGGAAACUGCCUUAGAAAUCCUCCCAAAACGAGUAAUGUGUACAAAGAACCUGUCUGUGGUAAUAAUGUGGUUGAUAACAAUGAAGAAUGUGACUGUGGCAAACCACAGGAAUGUUCCAACCCCUGCUGUGAUGCUGCAACCUGCAAACUCACACCUGGCUCACAAUGUGCCCAAGGACUGUGCUGCAAAAACUGCAAGUUCAGAGUGGCAGGAGCAGAGUGCAGAGCAAAACAAGAUGUCUGUGAUCUCCCUGAGUACUGCAAUGGAAGCACUGCCUACUGCCCAGAUGAUGUUUACAUCAUGAAUGGUCACCCAUGCAGCAACAGCAAGGCUUAUUGCUACUAUGGGGUGUGCCAGAGCUUUGAUUCACAGUGUGAAUCUAUCUAUGGGAAAGGGGCACGAAAAGCACCUGAUAUAUGCUUUGAAAAAGCAAAUAUUAAAGGAGAUAGGUUUGGAAACUGUGGAAUGAAAGGUGGAGUGUACAAGAAAUGCCCUGUCCAGCACAGUCUGUGUGGGAAGCUCCAGUGCACAUCUGUCAGCCUUCAAAACCUUCCAGCCUGGAGUGUUGUCAAUAACGCAUCCGGGGUUUUAUGCUGGUCCUCUGACUUUGACUUAGGAUCAGAUAUCCCUGAUCCUGCUCAAGUUCAUGAUGGGACAGCCUGUGGAGAGAACAAGGCCUGUGUAGGUUUUGAAUGUGUUGAUGCAAGAUAUCUGGGCUAUAGCUGUGAUGUAAAGCAGAAGUGUAAUAAUAAUGGGGUGUGUAACAACAACGGGAAUUGCCACUGCAAUCCAGGAUGGGCCCCUCCAUUCUGUAACCAGUCUGGCUACGGUGGCAGUGUUGACAGUGGUCCAGCUCACACAGAUACAUCACUUCGGGAUGGGCUCCUGAUUUUCUUCUUCCUUGUGCUGCCUGUAGCCAUCCUCACUGCAGUAGCAGUGUUUAAACGUGAUGCAAUAAGGAGAAAACUUUGCAGGAAAAGCAGAGGACAGCACAGGAAUAACAGUGGGCAGGAACCAAAGCAAGGCAACAGAGCAAGUCAUGAAACGGGAAAUAAUCAGCCUGCCGCAUCGAGUCGCAAUAUUUUUACCAUAUUGCAUUUUCCUGGUACAAGGCAGCCAGUCCAAACCCAGCUUCCUGCAGCUUCCUCAGGACCUCAACGACCCCCAGUCCCACCUAGACCAGUUGUCUGAAAUGUUUCUUGGGAACCCUCAAUCAAUUCUGACAAGUAACUGGCCUGAAAAACAAAUUAAAGGAUUUCAAUGCUCCAGUGCUGUCCUUGUGCAGCCAAAAUACUUUUGGAAAGCACAUCCCUCCUGGAAGGACUGGGUGCCAAGAGGCGCUGAACACAGAUUUGGUGAUACCCCAAUGUUUUCCUCCUUGCUGCUGGCUGUGUUUGUGCCUCCUCUACCUCAUUUCUUGGUUUUAUAAAUCAGAACCUGAAGUUCAACUUGCACAGGAUUGAACCUGAGAGUGUCAGAGAACAGGACUCAUCCAUGCUGCUGCCUCACGCUCAGGCCACAGAGAAGUGAAUUCAAUUAUCCACAGACAAUUCAAAGAUGGGAGAUCUGCACUUUUCCUCCUGGGCUGUCCUCUCCUCAGGGUGCUGCCAGGAACUCUGAGGGCCUGCAGAGGCAGGUCUGGGGACAGUCCCUGGGCCCUGCUCUGACACCUGCCUGCCAUCAGCCCUACCAAAGCUGGCCCCAGAGCCCACCUCUCACACCCCACCAGCCGUGUCAGCUUCCAUUUCAGGUAGUUUAUAAAAGUAACCUCAACUGGGGACACCAGAAACUCUGUAGGUCAUGUCCCUGAGUAUGAAAGAACCCUAUUGUUACAGAAAAUAUGGGCUUUUGGGAAAUACUUCUGCAGUUCCACAGUGUUUCAGUGUUUACUGGGUUUUGCAGCUUGGCAUUUUUCCUAGAAAUUGAUUCUACUACAAAAGCAACAGAUAAACUUUUGUCAUUCUAAACGGGACAGUUAGAAACCAGCACUGCUGUAAAAGAGGAUGCAUAGAGUGACAUAGUUUGUCCCAAUAGGGCUCCAUCAAAUGUCUCGGUGUAGGAGAUGGAUCCAGGAUAUCCAGGGAAGAGUCUCCAGCAGGACGGAGAAGCAGCUGCAGUGCAGAGACCAACUCUGCCAGGAACAGAGCUGUGGAUAUAGACCCACCUGUUCAUACACACAGGCUGCACUCAGGCAGAUCUGGGAGUACAGAAUGGGAAAAGAGUGAAUCAAUUGGAGGAUUGCCUCACCGAGAAAAUAUUUCAAACCCCUCAGGUGGCCACAUCACUGAAGAGCUGGACAAAAGAACCCAAAAGAGAUUGCUGGCAAAAAGUCUUCGGAAGAAGCAUCUUCUUCCUUAAUCCCUCAGAAUCUCCAAUUGUUAUUUUUAACUACCGCUAUCAUUUAGCCCUCGACUAUAAUAUGGCAUUGAUUUUAUUUAUUACAUUGCAAUUUCAAAUAAAUCCUCAGGGGCAGCA